GUUGGCGUUUAGAGACCUCGCUCACCUUGCAUCAGGUAUCAUACAGGACAGUCGAAACUUUGACAAGUCAGGUGGAAGCUAUACGCUGCAUCGAUAAAGUCGAAAUUAUCAAUUUAUUUCGACUAUAAGGAAUAAGCUUUAAUUUGCUCUUUAGCCAGAUGAUCUGGGAUUACAAUUACUGAUCGCAAGGAAAGUUUAUGAUAAGACUUGGAAUUUUAGAUCUGAAACUCCCGCCUCUCUUCGGUGUUCCUAGGAGUGAGUAAUGCUUGAAGGAAUGUGACCAGUCGAUAGCGAUUGCCACUGGGAAUCGGACCAAUGUGACAAAUGCGAUUAUAGUCUGCUACUUUCUAGCUGAUCCGAGUACGGGUGCGUUAUUUAAUUGAUGACUAAAUAAGAGAUUUCUUCCUUUUCCCGGAGAUUGUGGUGAAUAUUUUACAUACUGGAAAAUAGUCAGUGAUCGCAGUGCUGAUUUUCAAGCCCCACCAUCGGAAUUAUGUCCGUGAUUUAACUCUGCAAAAACGGAUUUUGAGGCAUCCAGAACGAACGGGCUUGGAUUUCCCAGAGUGGAUAUUACAGGCAAAAGGAUGACUUCCAUAUACCAGCUAACUUGCAUCCUCCUCCUUGGUUGCGCUAUUGAGGUGAGGUCCAUGCCUACGAUAGAGAGACGACCAACUAAUGUCACCAUUAGGCAAGACCAGGAAGCCCUCUUCGAGUGCAGAAUACGAGACCUGAGAGGAGGGGAGAUGAUGUGGAUCCAAGUUUCUUCAGGAACCGUCAUCAGCAGUAACGAACGGGUGCUAGCCGGUGCCACGCCCACCGAUGGGCAGUACAUCAUCGAAGCAAAUGCCAAGAGAGGUGAUUACAACCUGAAGAUCACCCAGGUACAACGUGGUGAUGUGGGACAGUACCUUUGCGGAUACAGCGUUGGUAGUGCCUUCGAGACACAGGGGGCUUAUUUGGAGGUGCUCGUGCCACCUUCUGAUGGCUUUCCUGUGUGUUCCGUGCAGCCGAGCAACACCAACCCAGCAGUGGGGGACACUGUUCACAUGAUGUGCCUUUCACACGGAGGUGUACCUCGUGCGGAUCUCACUUGGUACAAGAACGGGGUGUUGCUCUCUGAUCGACAGGUGUACCAGGAGGUCAAUGAUCUCGAGAGGGUGCUAGACCUGUCCGAUAUAGACGCUGUGUACGAGUGUCGCGCCGAAGGCCCUGGCAUCACCCAGGCACGCAGGUGUACGACGUCGUUAACACUCGCCGACCCAAUGGUCAUCAUCCGGCCUUACAAUCAGAAAGCCGAGGUGGGUGAAACAGUGACCUUUCUCUGCAACAGACAGGAUAAGCCGAACGAAGACAGGUUCAUGUGGUUCUUCCGAGGUGAACGCAUCACCUCGGCAUCAUCAAGGAGGUUCAACAUCGGUGAUUACAACAGGGCUUUGACUAUCAAAAAUAUAACGACGGCGGAUAGUGGCGCCAACAUCAAAUGCGUGGUUUCGAUCCUUCCAGAGCCCUAUACCGGUAGAGCUAAUAUAAUGGUUAGCAUCAUGACUGGGGAAGUUCUUGGAACCUUGCCACCGCCAAGAUUAGUUACAGAUUCACCGACAAGACACGAAUCUUCUUCGAUGGGCCGAAGAGGGGAGCACGAUGUUUCCAGUCCUGGGAUGUCGGUGGGCGCUGAUGGAACGCAAUCUACAGAUAAAACCGCCAUGUUUGUUAUCCUAGGCGCAUGUGGUGGACUGUUCAUUGUUAUAUCAGCUGUGGUCAUCAACUUCGUCGUCCUCAGGCGAAAGAAGCCCAAGAAAGACCAACCGAGACCCAAAUCAAACAUCAAACCUGUCGCAUCUGGCUUGUCACUGAUGACGACACAAGAUUCGGAAAGGUCUCUGUCGAGCUCUGAUUCCGUCGGCACAACAAAAACGACAGCGACGACGGUGGCGGCGCCGUGCUCAAAGAAGGAUGCUAAUUCGAAUAAGAAUAAGAAAGAGGGUUGCCAGUAUGCUGAGUUGGAUUCAAAUGUGUUAAGAUCAAGCGAAUACCAGGGACUCAAUGCCCCACCAAUGACCAUCUACGCAGAACCUAUAAUAAUACCAACGCGGGUGGUUCCUAGGCCGCAACACCAAGACGGUUUCCAUGACUACGCGUUACCAGACAUCCUGCCAGAGCUGGAAUUGCCUCUCGAAGACUAUGUCGAGCCCGACCCACCUCCAAGAAAUAAAAUUGGAGGUCAAGAGCAGCAAAAACCUAAGACCAAAGAAGCACCUAAGCUAGAAGAAAAAGUGCUAUCGCCGCAAAGUCCUGAUGGUGUUUACAUCGAAAUUAUCGCGUGAUUAACACGUUUCUUUAAAACCUUAUUAAAAAAAAGCAACUCUGUCAUCUUUCCAUAAAUCUUCUGAAGAUUGAUAUUCUAUUUUGCGAAUAUAUGCAUUUAUAUGAUUAUGGUGUAGAUAGUGGUUGUUCAUAACUCUUCAAUGGCUCUGCGGAAGACCAGGUUUUUAUUUGUGUAUACUGAACAGAUAAGACUACCCUGAAUAAAGAAGUGAAAUAAAUAACAACUAUAAUUAUCUGCACUUCCAGACUGAUUCGGCUGACAUGAUAAUCUUGCAGGAAUAUGGAUAUGAUAUCCCACGUGUGAAUUCUUCGCUGAACUUUUAACUUCGAAUUUCGUUCUCAUCCAUAUUUUCAUUAAUUGAAGUGAAGAUGACGAAGACAGUGAUAAAAUAAUAUUUUUUUAAAACUUUGAGGUGAUUGUAUAUUUAUUGUAAUAAGUACAGAACAAAGUAGCAAGAAUGAAUUGCAUUGGAAAUGCACAUGUACAGACCUGUAUUUGAAUAUAUUUAUUUGAAAAAAUGGCAAGUGGUCCCAAAUGUAUGUAUAAUCCAUCUCUUCUAUAGGCCCAACACUGAAUUUGAUUGCUUGAAAAUAUGAUAUUGUUAUGGUCAGUAGAAAUGAUUUACUUAGAAAUUAGCUUAUUAUUCUAGAAAAAGAAUGACAAAAUGAACGAUGUAUAUGAGGUAUAG